AUGGUCCAGCACCUGUUGACCAAAUGUACCCCUAGCGGCAAGCUUCGCAUGCGUGCAGCUGACACGGUGGCAGAGAUGUUCGGCUGCACCCCAACGACUGUCCGACGGGUCUGGAAGCAUGCCUCGGUCGACUUGUCGGGCAACACGACGAUCUGCCAUUCCGUCUGGCAGCGGAAGAAGGGCAAGAGCGGACGCAAGCAGCUCUACACUGACCUUCCGCAGCGCAUCCAAACCAUCCCCCAGUCCCGAUGA